AAGACCAUGCGUAUGCUCCUUUCUUUUAUUUUUGUGUCUUCUCUGUCUUUACUAGUUACUCCUCAAUCAGUGCUCUCUGUCUCUCCUCUUUGCCUUCUUCUUUUGCCACAGUACCUAAGAUUAGUUUCUAAAGAGUAGUGAUCUACCGUUUUCAAGGGACUUACAGGAUGGAAGUUGUUGGAGAAGUCUUUCUCUCGGCUCUUCUUGAGCCUUUGCUUGGAAAGUUGACCUCUGGAGAACUUCUGAACUUCGUACGCAAAACGCAAGUGGAGAAAGAACUUAACAAGUGGAAGCUAAGACUGUCAGAAAUUGAUGCAGUUCUUAAGGAUGCAGAAGAGAAGCAAAUCAUAAAUUCGACUGUGAAAAUCUGGCUUACCAAGCUCCGAGAUUUGGCUUAUGAUGUGGAGGACGUGCUGGACGAGUUUCAAACAGAAGCUUUGGCAAGCAAGAUGAGGGCAGAAUCUCAAGCCAGCAGCAGUACUGUCCGGAAGCUCCUCCCAACUUGUUGUGCUGGUCUGAAUCCAAGUGCUAUUGAGCUUAAUAUGAGGACGGGGUCCAGGCUGCGGGGCAUAACUACACGACUAGAAGCAAUUGCUAAAGAGAAAAAUGAGCUCGACGUGGGAAUCAUGGCUGAACAGAGGUCAAAAGGAGUGAAAAAAAGCGCGACUACAUCACUGGUCAAAGAAUCCGAUGUUUGUGGGAGGGACAAUGACAAGAAAGCCAUACUUGAAUUGUUGAUGAACGAUGAUGCUAGCAACCUUGAGUACUCCGUCAUUCCAAUAAUUGGAAUGGGUGGUAUCGGGAAGACAACUCUUACUCAACUUGUCUACAAUGAUGAGAGAGUGAAGUUUGAUUGCAAAGCAUGGGUCUGUGUUUCUGAUGAUUUUGACAUUCCGAGGAUAACAAAAACAAUUCUCCAGCACUUGGAAAGUUGUGAAGAUAAUGAUUUAAAUGUUCUUCAAGAAAGAUUGAAGGAAAAAUUGUCUGGAAAGAAGUUUUUGAUAGUGUUGGAUGAUGUUUGGAGUAACAACCAUGAUGAUUGGACUGCCCUUUCUCUUCCCUUCAGUGCAGGAGCAAGGGGGAGCAAAGUCAUCAUCACAACUCGUAGUGAAGACAUUGCUUCAAAAAUGGGCACUGUUCGUGCUUACACUUUGGAGAGGCUAUCAUUUGAUGAAUGUCUACGCAUAUUUACCCAACAUGCUUUGGAUUCCAGAAAUUUUGAUGCUCAUUUGGAAUUGAAAGAAAUAGGAGAAGAGAUGGUGGAAAAAUGUAAAGGAUUGCCUUUGAUUGCAAAGACACUUGGAGGACUCUUACGCCAUAAGCAGAACCUUGAAGGGUGGGAAGACAUUUUGAGCAGUGAGAUGUGGAAUUUGCCAGAAACUGAAAGUGGCAUUCUUUCAGCUUUGAGAUUAAGCUAUAAUCAUCUUCCUUCCCAUUUGAAGCAGUGUUUUGCUUACUGCGCAAUCUUUCCUAAAGAUUAUGAGUUCGAAGAGGGCGAGCUAGUUUCCCUGUGGAUGGCAGAAGGUUUUCUGAAGCAAAAAAUGAAAAAGAAGCACAUGGAAGACUUAGGCCAUGAAUAUUUUCGUGAUUUAUCAUCAAGGUCGUUUUUUCAACGAUCUAGUAGCAACAUAUCACGAUUUAUAAUGCAUGAUCUUAUAAGUGAUCUUGCUCGGUUCGUAAGCGGAGAAAUAUGCUUCUACUUGGAUGACACGAAGAAGGAACCAUGCUCAGUGGAAUCAUAUGCUGCAGUUCGCCACUCUUCAUUCACUUCUCAUAGAUAUGACAUUUCUCAAAGAUUUGAUGUCUUCUAUGAAAUGAAGAACUUGAGAACCUUCUUAGCAUUGCCAACUUAUUUAUCACAGUUUAGCCCUUAUCACUUAUCUAGCAAGGUGUUGGAUGAUUUAGUGCCAAAAUUAAAAUGUUUAAGGGCUUUGUCACUAGCUGGUUAUUCUGUUGAGGAAUUGCCAAAUUCUACUGGUACCUUAAAGCGUUUACGUUACCUUAACUUGUCCUAUACUUGGAUUAAAAGAUUACCUGAAUCGUUGGGUGAACUCUUCAACUUGCAGACUUUGAGGUUACGUGGGUGCCGGAAGCUUGUUGAGUUGCCCGCAUGUGUUGUUAAUUUAAUUAAUUUGCAGUGCCUUGAUAUUAGAGAUACAGAUGGGUUGCAGGAGAUGCCUCCGCAGAUAAGCAAAUUGAUAAAUCUUCGCAUGUUGCCUAAGUUUAUCGUGGGAGAAGGAAAAGGGCUUGGGAUAACGGAGUUGAUGAAGCUUUCGCAUUUACAAGGGCAGCUUAAAAUAGAGGGGUUGCAUAAGGUGAAUAUUCGAGAUGCAGAACUUGCAAAUCUGAAAGAGAAGGCAGGUCUAUGUGACUUAGCCUUGCAUUGGAUUAGUAAUUUUGAUGAUUCACUACGAAAUGAAAGGAAUGAACUGCAUGUUCUCGACUCAUUAAAGCCUCACCGAAGUCUAGAAAAGCUUUCAGUUACAUCAUAUGGCGGUACCGAGUUUCCAUCAUGGAUAGGGGAUAGCUGUUUCUCUAAAAUUGUGCACCUAAAGCUUUCUACUUGUCGGAAGAUCACAUCACUUUCAUCGGUUGGAAAACUCCCUGCUCUAAGGCAUUUGAGCAUGGAAGGAAUGGAUGGGGUGAAAGAAGUGUAUGCUGAGGAUUUCCAAUCUCUUGUGACUUUAUACAUCAGAAAUAUGUUGGGGUGGGAGCAAUGGUUGUGGUCUGACGGUGUCAAUGAAAGUACUGUGGGAAAAUUUCCUAAACUCAGUGAGCUUACCUUGAUGAAUUGUCCGAGGUUGAUUGGAGAUUUGCCAAGUUGCCUUCCUUCCCUCAAAAAGCUUCACGUUGAAAAAUGUCAAGGGGUGGUUCUCUCUCUCAGAGCUGCGCCUGAUCUAACAUCCCUCUCAAGCUUACAUUUAAUUCAAAUUUCCGGCCUUGUAAGGUUACAUGAAGAGCUCGUGCAGGCCUUGGUGGCGCUUGAAGAUCUUGAUCUUAUAUGUUGUAAUGAAUUGACGUACUUGUGGCAAGAUGGGGUUGAUUUAGACAAACUUUCUAGUUUAAAACGUUUACAGAUCGUUGAAUGUGAGCAGCUCGUGUCGCUGGUAGAGGGUGAGGAAGGGAUUUUGCCUUGCAAUCUUGAGGUUUUGACAGUGGAAGACUGUUGUAACUUGGAGAAGCUGGCAAAUGGGCUGUGCAGCCUCACAUCGCUCAGAGACUUGACAAUACUUGCAUGCAGAAAACUAGAGUGCUUUUCUGAAGGAGCAGGUUUGCCCCUCUCUCUCAAACGUCUUGUGAUUUCAAAUUGUGAUUCUCUGAGAUCGUUGCCCGAUGGAAUGAUGACAAUGGUGAACGACAGCGAUUGUAACCACUGCCUUCUUGAAGCGCUGUCGGUUACUGCUUGUCCAUCCCUAAAAUCGCUUCCUAAGGGGAAGUUGCCAAAAACACUCAAGUUCUUGAACAUUUCCUGGGAUAACCAAGAGUCUCUUCCGGAGGGGAUUUUGCAACGUGAUGCAAGGGAGACGUCUCGCUCUAAUCUUGAGCAUUUAAUUCUACAGAGUUUAUCUGCCACAUCCUUCCCAACUGGCGAGUUUCCUAUUUCUCUAAAGGAACUUACUAUUGUCAAUUGCAGAAUACCGUCAUUACCACCCCUGCAUUUCCUCUUCCAUCUCACUGAGUUGGAGAUAUUUGGGUGCAAUGAGUUGAAGUCGUUCCCCAAAGAGGGCUUGCCCCUCCCAAAUCUCAUCUCUCUUGGAAUACACCGUUGUGAAAAGUUGAGGUCCCUACCCGCUCACAUGGAUAGCCUCAAGUCUCUUCAAGAUUUAAGGAUAUCUAAUUGUCACCGUCUGGAUUCCUUUAUGGAAAGGGGUUUGCCACCUAACCUGACUUCACUUAAAAUUCUUAAUUGCAAAAUUUCACUGCCAAUAUCUGAGUGGGGACUCCGCUUGCUCACCUCUCUUAAACGAUUCUCAGUCGAAUCUACAAUGGAUGUGGAUCGCUUUCCGGAUGAUGAAGGUCUGCUGCUUCCCCCUUCGUUAACUUUUCUUGAGAUCUCUAAUCAGGAGAUUCUUAAAUCGAUAUCCAGAGGCCUCCAACACCUCACCUCCCUUGAAGUAUUAAACAUUUUUGAGUGCCCUAUACUCCGGUUCUUCCCCAGGGAGGGCUUCCCUCUCUCACUUGAAUGUAUACGUAUCUGUAGCAGCCCUCUUCUGGAGGAACGAUGCUUGAAAGAGAAAGGAGAUUAUUGGUCCAUCAUUGCCCACAUCCCCAAAGUUGAUAUCUCGUAAGAUGCCGUUGAUUCUUCAGUUUUUUGUUAUGCAGGAUUUGAACGAGAAAAAAAAAACAGAGAAUCAGGUAUUCUUUCUUGGUUUAUCUGCUCCAUAAUCACGUCCAAGGUUUAUUGCUUCCUCACCAUACUUCACGCAUUAAUGGACUUUUACUUGUCCUUUUUUCUUUCCAUACACUCCUGUAACGACAAGGAAAAUUAAAAGAAAGAAAAAAUUCUACAUAAACAAUUGGAUCAUUUAAAAGGCUUGCUUGGAUUGGACUAAUCCACAUAGUCAUGCACAGCAUAAACAUGCCUGCAUAUUUUUCUCCCUCUUCUUAAAAUACUAUGCAACCUCAUGCAUCUGUAAGGAGAACAACUUUUUAUUAUUGUUGUUGUUUACUUUGCUAGGCAAGCAAUGGAUUAACUUGAGGAACUAAGUUUGGCUGGUCUGUUGCCCAGGAUGGAACCCCUGCAAGUUGCAACUCCAACAUAAAUUUUUUUUAUCAUGAGCAAGUAUCAAGUCUCCAUCACUUAAUAUUAGGGAUCCGAGAUUUUAAGGUGGCUUAGGUUCCAACAUGCAGUCUUCAAUCAAACGAGGAGGCUUGCCUGUUUCAUCAUCUUUAACAUACAAGUGAAGGAGACUUGUAGGCAUUUUAUUAUUCUUGGAUGCAAUUCGGUGUCUGAUGUUCAUUUAUGCGGGCAAACUGUACUUUACAAGCCUGUGGAGAGGCCAAAUGAAAGGCUGCUUCUCAAAUCAGUGGUGAGCUGUGUGUUUCCUCGCAGAACACUGUCAUUUUACUUUCAACUUAUUUUCUAUACACGAAUGGAUUGCUGUAUGCUAUGCAUUUAUAAUGCAGAUGCAAAACAAAUGUAUGGAGGCAAAUUUCAUCAUGUUAUUCACAGCAAUGAGCUGUACCGCAUGAACGGUUCUCAUCGUUGAGAGGACUCCUUCUCUGGGUCUUUUCAGAACACGUCUACACAGCGUAGCUUUACCUCUUUCUUAUUGUUUGAAACCCAUUGUUGGAGAGAGUGAGGAAUUUGUUCCUGUGAGAAUCAAAUGCUGUUAAACCUUUGUUAUAGUGGAUUUUUUCUCGGAGUUGCUCCCGUGGUUUUUCCCUCGAAGUAGGGUUUUCCACGUAAAAUCUAGCGUACAUGUGGAUGUAUUUGCUCUUA